GACGACCAAAUUUGUUACACCAUACAUUACCCUUCAAUAAAUGAAGAAAAUACAUAAUGACAUACUUGAUGCUUUUAUAGGUCCAGGCGUCAACAUUCCCGCCAUUGCUGGUGCUACAGGUUUUGCUGUUGUAGUAGUUGCUAUAAUUGCGAUUGUCAUUGUUCUCAUCAAAAAGAAAAGAAUUCCAGUAGGUCGCUCCCAGUCUGUGAUAGGUAUACAGGAGGACGAAGGACAGAAAACGACACCAGGGAAAAAAUCUUUGUGGGUAGGGGGUACUAACUACGGUCAACCUUUACCGUCCAUACCCCCAGCUUCUUAUGUCUACCAAAAGGAACGGGAACCAACUGAUAUAUCUCUGCAUUUUGAAGACAGAAAUUAGUCCCUUUGUUUAAAAUAAAUACUAACAAAUCUUAAACGUGAAGAACUGCUCUAAAUCAUUCCGAAUAUAUACAAUUUAAUGACAGAGAAGUUUACUGUUAUUAUUUUAUUAUUUUUGUAUUACUCUACGUUAUCAGUAAAGUAAUUUUGAUUUGUGUGUGAUAAGGUAGCUAGUCACGAUUUUUAAGAGAUUUUAUUAUGAAUUGACGACGGAUUUUCCCGUUAUUUCCCGAUCAUGACAAGGAGCACACGGCAUGUGUGGCCAGUUUUCAGGGGAUGUUCACUCCUCCAUAGCACCUGAUCCCACAUCUGAUGUUUUGAAAGCCCGGGUUUGCUCUGCUCCUAUUUUGUAUUAUUUUAUGGACUUUUGAUCUUGAAUAUUGUUCGUUAUCUCCAUAUGUUUCAUGUAGACCAAAAGAUCAAAAUAUUCCCUAUUUACCAGAUAUAUAUUUGAAUGGCUUUGCAUAUAUUACUUGUACAUUAUUGCUUACUAUAAUU